GCAUGUCUCCUCGUGAUGACAGCAAAUGACAGCAGCACUGUUCGCUCGUGCAUUAGACAGACGGCUAACCGCCAACAAACAACCCCUCUGACUCGACUAAUCGUUUUAUCAGCCGUGUUUAGACAGACUGUGAACAACCCCUACACGGUAACUCCGUCUGGUAAGUGACCGAAUCGAUGUUAGCGCGGUUAAUCGACCAUAUUUGAACCCUGAAAGAGCGUGUAGCCCAAAGCUAAGCUACAUAGCUGCUCGUUAGCUCAGGCUCACUGACGUUAGCGGCCACUUUUACUACUUUACUGUCUGUUCUGUCUCUAAAUCUGUGCUAAUAUACUCCUGUUUAAUACAAGACACCCACUCUGUUCUCUCUAGCUGUGUCAGUUUCCCUCCUAGCAUUAAACCUGAGCUAACCUGACGUUAACUACGUGUUUUAUUAGUGAACGUUAACCGAUUUGAGAGUGUCUGUGUUGGUAAUCUACGCUAAACUAACCUAGCAUCCGGUAACAAACAGAGAGUGAACCCAGCCCAUGUUAUUAUUGUUCCUCCCUCUGUUUGGGUAAAUCUCGGUAGGCCGUGUGAUUAUGGUUCAAUUAACAUCAUCAAUAUUAAUAAAGAGGAAAUUACCAUAAAGUCUGUGUGUGCAUUAGGAGCACCGUAAUGAUGACUCAAGUACAGAAAUAAUCAAUAAGGUUAAUCAUUGAUGCCUUUUUAUCAACUUUAAAUCAAUAUGACUGUUUUAAGACAUAUUACUGAGAACUAUAGAGGGUUUAACUUCCCUGGAGAAGAGCUUCAUCAACUUUCAGAGAUAAUUCACAACAUUUCAGGUACUUAUUUAUUUCUUUAUAUCCCAGUCUGAUAUUAAACUUGAAUUAUACUGAUAUGAAGAACAAACUCAAACCUGCUUCUUUACACACCGAUCAGCCGUAACAAAACACACACCUGGGUAAAAUAACACACACUGUGCCUGCUCAUGGAGCUUCACCCUCUUAGUUUUUGUUGACUUGGUCAGACGGGUGAUUAUUGUUCUUUAAAUAUUGGUUCAAAGUGAAGUAGAUGUCAGGAGCGCUGGAUGGUGCAACCGUUUAUUCCUUUUACAACAUUUGGGAUUACCUGAUGGAGAGUUUGGCAGUUUGUGUUUUACUGGUCUGUGUGUGUGUCUGUGUCUGUUUGCUAAAGUUUGUGGGCUGUCUCCAUGAACAGGACAGAGUUUGGGUUAGGGGUGGGUGAUAAAAAAUUUAUCACAACAAGAUUUGCCAUCCUGACGAUAACGAUAAAAGACCUGAUGAAAAUAUUAUAAUUCCAAUCUGUAUUUUUGACUCAGUUUGUCUUGAGAACACUAGUUGGAUUAUUAAAAUAAGAUACUAGGUAGGUUAUGGAGGAAACUAAUGAUAUGAAACGAGUCUUAUUUGUUAAAAACUCUUGUUGCACAGACUAGCGUGAACAGCAGCAGAUCUUCUGUCCGAUGUCAGACAGACCUAAUUGGACUCAUCUAAACCCUGAUUUUGAAGGAAAUCCCUCGUGUGGAGCCUCGUUCAGUAACGACCUGCUCAGAAACGUCUUCUUCACCACCUUUCGCCAUGUUUGUUUGUUUGUUAUUCUGCUCUGUGUGGGCCAUGGCUGUGAGUCUGUCGCUCAUACUCAACUUGCAUUUAUUGUGAGAUGGCAAAUAUUUAUCAUAGAUUUUCCUGACGAUAUAUCAUGAAUGAUAAUUUAUCGCCCAUUCCUAGUUUGGGUCUUUGUCUUUGAAUAUUAGACUCGAUAAUAAACUUCCCCCUGGUUGACGAUGCUUUCACUCAUCCUCCUUAUAAGUUGUGAUUCUAGUCGGUGACCCUCUCAAAAGCAGGUAGGAGGAGGGGCUGAGUUUUCUUUACAAGUGUUGAUGUUACAGUUUAGCAUAAAAGCUCCUCAGCAGUGUAAAUUAUAAUCAGUGUUCCUCCUGGAAACCUUUAUAAGAUAUUCUGUAAUUUACUUAAUGACCGGCCUGAUUCAGAGUAACAAACAAUCAGGUUAAUGCACCAGUUUCAGCUGUAACUCUGUGUUCUGAAGGCUUUAUUCUGCCCUUUAUUCUGUAUUUGCUGUGGAAACACUGAAGAUAAGAUGAUGUGUGUCGUGGUCUUGCCUCAGGUACAGUUUCUUGUUUCCGAGCCGCUUACCUGCCCACCUCCUGAAACCGAGAAUCCGACCUAACACUCGCCCAACUUUCAAUUCAUGUCAGUUUUCCCUCUUCGAUGGUACAGAAAGGUUUAAUUCUGACAGUUUGAGGUUCAGUACCUAACCCUCCUGGUGAAAAAAGGCCCUCAUCAGCCUCUUCAGCUGCUGAGCAGUGAAAGACAUUACCUACAGGGAAGUGUGAAGAGGAUGUUGGCUCCAAACCAUGAGUACCUGUUGUAGAAAGUGAAAUCCUUUGAAUGUCUAUAAAAACCCAGAGUUUCAUAUGUUGGUCUGUAGGUGUGGGUGUAUUAGAUCAUGUUGUGGGAGGACAGGGCUGAGAUCCAAACACCUCAGCUCGGCUGCUCUUGGAUUUUUUUCCCUGAGUGUUGUUUUUCUGCUUCCCUUUUCAGAAAUAAUUUCGACCUUUACUCUUUCUUCAUUACAUAAGUGCUUGGACUUGGCCUGGUAUUUUCAAUCCUCAGUUUUCCCUUGGCUCUGUUUCUUGUCUCCUGGUACCUUGUUGGUAUAAUUUUGGCUCGGAGCAGAUGUUAUGGUUGAACUGUUUGCUCUUCUCCCUCCUUGUAACAGGAGUCGGCGGCCUUCCUGCUGCAGCUACUGUUAUUCUCACACAACUGGGCUGAUUUGCCUGUUGUUUGGUUUCUCUUCUGCUUUAGAGUUCCUCAGCUCUCUCUCCAUGUCUGACUCACCAGGUGGCUGUAAAUGGGUCAGAUUGUAUUGGUGCUGCUGAUGGGCACAAGAGGCUCUGACAAAUGGCAGUUAACCUCCGAGCGAGCCACUAAGCAGCUAGUUGCUUUUUCACUUCCUUCCAAGUAUGUGAGGAAUGUGCUUAUUCAGGAGCACAAGUAUAUACAUGGGAGUGCUUCAUGUCAGAGUUACCUGUCAGCCCAAAACAAAAGUGACAAACAAAGAUGGUUAUCUUCACUCUAAGCUGCGUGUCAAGAUCUGCAGAUCUGGUAAACUGGGUUGUUUCCGUUGUUUUCUGAUCUCACUCAGUUUUUGUAAUCUCACUCUAUCUGUGAGAAAAGGUCGACUGAAGAUGAGGGCUGAAAUUAUACUUCACUAACUUCAGUUAGGUUAAUUAAAUUAACUAUAAGGUGAAGGAUUAUCUACAGAGAAAGGGUGUUUUCUGGUGUUUAAUACAGAGACAAUGAUGAGGAUGAUGGUAGCAGGUUACUGUUGUGUGAUUUUGAGAACAGAGUCGAUCAUUUUGAUUCUUCUUCAACCUCUUGAUUGUUCAGUUUUGUGGCUUUUCUCAACUUCUCACAGUUUUAAACAGUGUCUUUAAAUAAUGUUCAGGUCACUUUAUUUACUUCAUGGCAACUAAUACAGUAAGCAGAUUAACUGUGAGAAUUAUUUUCUAAUAAUGAGCCAUGAAUAAAUAAAGUGAAGUAGGGCGGCACAAUAAAUCACAGUUUCAUCGUUUGUAAUAAAGACGUUGUGAAAGUCUGAAUAGGAGAAGUUUAAUUCUGUAAAUAAGUAAGACCUUCUUAUUUAACAUUGAUCCAACUGAAAGGAGUCCUGGAAACACUGACCUUGAAUUUGUACAGUUUGAUGGAGUCAGAUACAGCUCAGAAUAACUGACAGCUGACCUCUGAUUGAUUGAUUGAUUGGUUGAUUGAUUGAUUGAUUGAUUGAUUGAUUGAUUGAUUGAUUGAUCAUUUUUAUUCCUUGGCUUUUAGCAUGAGAGUUGUGUGGUCUCUGUCCUUUUAUAUCUGUUAUGGUCUUUUAUGUUUUUAUUUCCUUUAUUUUAUUUCAUUUUAAAUGUUCUUUUACAUCUGCAGUGUUUGUUCUAGUUGAUUUGACUUUGCAGCACUUUGAUGAACUUUAAUGACUUUAAAAGGUGCUAUAUAAAUAAAACAGGAUUGAUUGCUGUAAAUAUAUUUUAGGAUAUAUGGAUAUAUUUUCUGGUAAAAAAGCAGAUUCAUUUAAAAACUGUGAGUGUUACCCAGUGUUUCCCUCUUUGAUUGAAUAAGUUCACUUUGUCCCAUUUUAAUCUAAGAUAUUGUACAGUCAGCACUUCGUGUUUCUCUGAUUCUGCAGACCUGAAGUGAGGUGAUAGAAUAAUAAUAAUUACAUAAUGAAUUAAAAACAAAGACUUUAUAUUCAAACCUGGUAGAUGGUCUGAUGAUAUAUUCGUGAUCUGUUUUCAAUAAUUAGCUUUAAAAUGUAGAAAUAAAAGUCGAUUAUUCCAAAUUUAAUUUAAUUAAAUCACCAGAGUAGUUAUUAGGACUCAUAAUGCAAGAGCAAGAAAAGAGAAAUGAAAUUAUUCUCAAUGUUAAAAUGACAAAUGAACACUUUUGAAAUCCAUCAUUAGUGAAAAUGUGAAACUUUCCCAAACCUUGUCAUGUUCAGUUCUUAAAAACUUGUGUAAUAAUAUAAACUCAGAGCAGAUCUUCCCUCGGGCAGGUAGGAGUCACAAACCUGAAAAGGGACUAACCUGACUAAUCCAACCAGUGUUUUCCAAAGUGACAACAAUAUUAACACUCAUAAAUCAGACGGGUUAUUAUCAUUAUUAUUAUCACUGUAUAUAUUCAGAGUUGGCUGAGGGAAUCCAAAGCUCAUCAGUUUGUGUUUUAAUCUGCGUAUCCAAUCAGAUUUGUCAGGCAUAUCAGCAGCAGGGCUGUGGUUGUCUGUUAGCCUGUGUCAUUCCCACUGUGAGGCUCUUUCCUCCACUCUCGUCUCAUUCUCCUCCCUGAACCAUAACUCCACACUUAAAUCUGUCUUUACUAUGUUUGUAGCCAGGCCACAAAGAGGCUUUUGUGCAGAAAAUUCAGCGAGAAAUCAUUCAGAUUUGAUGCACUUGGCGUGGUUUGUAUGUCUUGGCUGUGUGUAUCUGGAAAAGGGGGGAGUGAUUUGCAUAUUCAGCUCUGAAGAGUCUCCUGAAGAAGCUUGUGAAAAGGCUGCUUUCGCUGUUCUUGUUGAGCCAGUGUGUGAAGCUCAUGGAAUGCAAAUGAUUUUCUAGUAUGACAGUCAGGAGCUUCAUGAGGGAGCAGCUUCACUUCAGCCCCGAACUCGCUGAAACUUUCGGACCAAAACUUUUUCAGUUUCCUGCUUCCCUGCGAGAAUCACUUUACUUUUCAAUGUUUUAUAACAGAAGAGACGAACCCUGAUGUUCUGUGAGGCUUUCUUUCUAAAAAAGGAUCCAAAGUUAAGGAAUUCUUUGAGCUAGUUAAGUUAAAAACUCACCCGUGACAGUAACAGCAGAAGUGUUUUUGAGAAUCUGACAGAAAAAUGUUGUCUUUUUUACAGCAGACAGACAGUUUAAAGCAGCACAGGCUGUUUUACUCUUCCUUCUUUUGGCCUGAAAUUUUCUAAAAUGCAAACACAAGCAUCUUUUUUUUCUAUCAAACCCAACCUGUUUCAUAAAAUCAUAUCUCUAAUUUCAACACCACAGUUAGAAAAGUAAAAAGUCUGAUGUUUUCUCGUAUGAAACUUUAUCUAUUUUUCUGACUUUUUAAAUUGAUAAAGAGGUGAUCAUCACAUCUGUUUGUGUUCACUUCCUCACCUUCACUUCACUGACUUGUUUCCUCUCCUUCCUCUCCCUUCUGCGCUCCAGUCUUUAGGCUCUUUGCCCCCGUGAGCUGGUGAAGAUGGUGAAGCCAGACAUCCACACUCUGGCCCACCACCUGAAGCAGGAGCGGCUGUACGUGGCGUCAGAAAAGCAGCUGAUCCAGAGGCUCAACAGCGAUGUGUUGAAGACAGCUGAGCGGCUGUACCGAGCCGCCUGGAUCGCCAAGCAGCAGAGGAUCAACCUCGACCGUCUUAUUCUCACCAGGUCAGUGAGCAGACCAAGGUUUUAUCAGCCGGCCUGAUAGAAAUGAAAGUAUCAACCUGUUUGUUUAACCAGGAUUUGACCAGAGAUUAAGAAGGACCCAAGUAAUGAAGUCAAUCAUGCUGGCGGUUUAAUAUCAAGAUACGCUUGAGUCACUUUUGGAAUAAAUCUCAGACUUUAUGUUCGAAGAUAAUCAGUAAACUACCUUAAAACUCGAUUCAGUGCCGGUCCUGACAGCUGUCAGUGCAGCAGAACUGGUGGUUUUGUAGGUUUACAGUCUAUUGCCACACGGCACCUACGCUGGUGACGAGGCAGGAAGGUAAAAACUACGAUGGAAAAUUUCAUAAUUAAGAUCUGUCAGUUAGUGACGUCUGUUCCCUGAUGAAGACAGAGUGAAUAAUAACAAAUAAAAGCCCAGGACACUGACUGAAGUUUGAUGAGACUUGUAAUAAAAAUGUGACUAAUGUAGUUUACUCUCUAAGUUAACUAAACACUGAAAUCUGUGUCCGACAUUUUAAAGAUUUGAACUUUUUUUGAAGGAUAAAGAUGAAACAGACUCAGAUCCACAAACAGAAGUGUAAACAUGGUUUUAUAAUAAAUAAUAAUAAACUUUAUCUGUUCAGCACCUUCUUAGAACAGUUGUCACAAAGUGCUUCACAGUAAAUUAAAAGUGUGAGACAAAAAAUCAGCUAAAAGUACACGAGUCGCCAAAGUCCUGGUUAUGUAAAGGAGAGUGCAAACAAAUGGGUUUUCAGCCGCUCUUUGAAGGUGUCCACAGUGUCCACAGGUGGCCUUGUUCGCCCUCAGCCCCGUCUCUUCAUGUAAAGUCAGAUGUCCUCAUGAUGAGACUGCAGAGCCAGCAUGAACGCUGAUGGGUUCACGCGCUUGUCUUAAAGUUGAUGUGUGUCAGUCAGCUGUAGGUCAGAUGAUGAUGUGCCGUCGUCUUGCUGCAGUGAACUCGCUGAGGGUGUAGUUUAAAGUUCUGGUUGUUGUUGAUUGGUCGAUUCUUUGACGUCUCUGCUCUUUAGUGCCGAGGCUUCUCCUGCUGAAUGCUGCCAACACGCCAAAAUGCUGGAAGACACACAGUUUAUCGAUGGUUACAAGACGCUGGGCUUCCAGGAGACGAUCUAUGGCGAGUUCUUGGCCCGGUUGAGAGAGAACCCGCGCCUGGUGGCGUCCUGUUUGGUGGCAGGAGAGCGGCUGAACCAGGAGCACACCCAAGGGGUCAUCCACACCGUCUUCACUUCUCUCUACGGAAACUGUAUCAUGCAGGAGGACGAGAGCUACCUGCUGCAGGUCAGUAUCUGCAUCCGUCUUUGGUGAUGAACUUUAACAGAACAGUUGAGGAGUCUUUGUUUCCGCUUUAUCGUCUUUACAGGUGUUACGAUACCUGGUAGAGUUUGAGCUGAAGGAGAGCGAAAACCCCCGCCGUCUGCUGCGGCGAGGAACCUGCGCCUUCAGCAUCCUCUUCAAGCUCUUCUCUGAAGGCCUGUACUCAGCCAAGCUCUUCCUCACGGCCACCCUCCAUGAACCCAUCAUGCAGCUGCUGGUGGAGGACGAGGACCACCUGGAGACAGACCCGUCCAAGGUGACGGAGCGCCUCACUCCGGCCCAGCAGGAGCGCUUUGGAGAGAAGGGCUCAGACGACUACAAACAGAGGGUCCAGACUGCGGUGGAGGCCAACGAAGCCAAGCUGGUGGCUCUGGUCAACAAGUUCAUCGGGUACCUGAAGCAGAACACGUACUGCUUCCCUCACAGCCUGCGCUGGAUCGUGUCGCAGAUGUACAAGACUCUGUCGUGUGUGGAGCGCCUGGAGGUCGGCGAGGUACGUACCAUGUGUACAGACCUGUUGCUCACCUGCUUCAUCUGCCCGGCUAUAGUGAACCCAGAGCAGUACGGGAUCAUCUCAGACGCCCCCAUCAAUGAAGUGGCUCGCUUUAAUCUCAUGCAGGUCAGUGGAUCAGCAGGUUUUCUGUUUAUUAAACACUGAUAAGGAUCCGUCCACACAGUUCCUGUUCCUGUGCUCUGCAGGUGGGACAGCUCCUGCAGCAGCUGGCCAUGACUGCCGACGACGCAGACCCUCGACGGAAGGGCAGUUUGUCUAAAUUUGAUAAGGUGAGGGAACACUCUGGGAGUUUUAUUAUUAUUAUUAUUAUUAUUUUUAUUAUCAUUAUUAUUAUUAUUAUUAUUAUUAUUAUCAUUAUUAUUAUUAUUAUCAUUAUUAUGAUUAUUAUUAUUAUUAUUAUUUUUAUUAUUAUUUGUAUUUAUUUAUGUAUUUAUUUUUAUUAUUAUUAUUAUUAUUAUUAUUAUUAUUAUUAUUAUUAUUAUUAUUGUUGUUGUUGUUGUUGUUAUUAUUAUUACAAAUAUUUCCCUCUCCUCCUUAUCUCUGUCAGCAGAGUUGUGUCGCCGCCUUUCUGGAUGUGGUGAUUGGAGGAAGAGCAGUUGAGACCCCACCCAUGUCCUCCAUGAACCUCCUUGAAGGCCUCAGUAGGACUGCUGUCUAUAUUACCCAUAAUCAGCUCCUUGUGUUGGUAGGUUCUCAGUGAGAAAGGGUCUAAAUAGUUGAUAAAUUUGAUGUUAGCAGUUUGAAUGUCUGAAUGUUAUAAAGUCUAGCUAGAUGAAUAUGGUUAGACUUUUUAAAAGUAGACUAAAACUAUUGAGGACAAAAGUGACUCAAACUAAAGUCAUUUUAGUCCAAGACUAAACCUGAAAUAUAUCUGCUAAAAUGGACUCUGGUUUAGAGGCAGAGGGGCGUCAGAGCUCUAUCUUUAUUAAAUCUGGACCUUACAGUCCACUAGUCAAGAUGAAAAGUUUAAACGUUGUUUUAGUGCGGACUUCACACUUUAACUGGACAGAUAACUCAGUGGUGACACAGACCUCUGAAAAGCUUUAGCAGGAAUGAUCCUGGGACUUCUGUGUUCAGAUAAAUGUAUCCAUCAUCAUGUCGUUUGUGUCCGCUCAUGUUGUCUCAGUUUUAAAUAAAGGCUCUGUGUUAAUCUUCAUUCAAAACUUAAUGUCAGUGAAUCUAGAGAUGACGAAUGUAAACUUGUCAUCACAGACUCUCGGUCAGAACAACCGUAGAUGAUGAUCGAUGAUAAUCUCGUCUUCUCCUUCCUGCUCAGGUGGACUUUGUGCGGAGCGUGAUGGCCGGGGACCACCUUAGAGAGGAGGAGCACAUGGCUCUGGAGACCCUGCUGGCAAACGUGCCCCAGUCUCGAACCGUGAAGAGUAACAGUCUGGAGCUCACCCCCUCCAACACCCCGCAGCUCUCCCCAGCCACCACUCCUGCCAACAAGAAGAACAGGCUCCCCAUAGGUACCUUCCUCCUCCACCGUCGUGUGUUUAUGAGCUCCUCUGAUGCAACCUGCUGUAACCUCCUGAUGUGAGGAUCUUGAGGAAUAUCAAAAUUUAAAAGCAGAAAAGAGAACUUGAAUAUUUUGUCUAAUGAGAAGCUAAAUAAACAAAUGGAGUUGAGCGGUGAUGGCGAGUGGAAGGAAGGCCUGCGUUUUCUAGGAAGCUAAUGAGCUUCUUCUUCUUCUUCUCAGCUUGUUAUAAAGAUAAUUAGCAUGGCCUGGAUUGAGGCUCAAUUACAGAAAUGACAACCAAUUAAAUUACCAAAUAUAAAUGAACUCAUUUUAAUUGGAAUAGAUGGAAAAGAUGCAUAGACUACCUUCAUUAGCAUUCUCAAGACAAAUGAUGCUGUAGUAACGCCCUCGUAAUUAGAAAUGAGCCGUUUAUGUUUGCUUCUUUGAAAUAUGACUUUUCUAUACGCUCACUCUUGAUACUUGAAUCACUCUGAGAUGUUUUCUGUCUUCAACCUCCUGCCUUGUCCUUCUUCUUUCCUCUUGUGCUGCCAACGGUCGACCAGGACAACACUUAGCCGCUAUAACAUCCUGGGACCCCACAGCCACCACUCUGUCUGCUCACAUUCCAUUAGUAACCCCUUUUGGUGGGUAGCCCGUCAGAGUCUGAGCUGGACGAUACUCACCCCAUCUAACUGUAGAUUGGCUGAGUGGCGUGUUAGAUAACACUCCUGUAGUUCAUUCUCCCGGCUGCACAGUAACCUCCCCGCUUCUCCGCCGCCGCUGCUGCUGCUGCUGCUCGGCGCCGCAGUCGUCCAUCUGCUCCCACCAUGCUUGCUUUGCUCUGAUGUUUUUGCACUGAUCUUAUUUUCUAAGUUUCUCUCUUUUUUGCUUCCUCAUUCAGCGGAUUAUGGCUUUUCAUUACCAGGUAGAGUGAGGAAAAACUUCUCCUAUCUUUCCUCCCUCUGGUCUGUGCUUCAGUAGCAGUCUAGAGUUAGAGCGCAUAGAGUUCUCACCUCCUACAGUUGUUGUUUCACACACAAGACAUCCACCCAUCUGUGAGAGCAGAGGCUCAGCUGAUUAUAGUCAGAACAUCCAUGGAUGAUUAGAGGACAUGCAGGACUUUAUAAGAUACUGUGUUGUAGGGCUGGGCGAUAAACUGAAAACGUACCGAAAUUUACGACAAUAUCAGAUGUCAUUUUGCCCACAUUGGUAUAUUCAGUGUAAAAAAAAAAAUCAAUAAAUCAAAGUUAGUUUUGGAUGUGUGUAGGUAGGCUAUGGUCUCAUGUCCCUUUAAGACGCUGUCCUACGUCAGAGACGUGACUCCACCCCAUCCAGUCUGUAACAAAGAGGGAAAGACAGGUGAGGAGAUGGAGGACGGAGAGAAAGUUGGAGCGGCUGAAGUAGACGAAGUUAAUGUUGGAGGGGGUGAGCAGCGUGUGGAGUAGAUAUCGUCCAUUUAUCGUUAUCGAGGUGAACUGAUCAAUAUAUCGUGAUGUUGAUUUGAGGACAUAUCGCCCAGCCCUACUGUGUUGUUAGUGAAGAAGGAUGAAUGUGUUUGACCAACUCUGACCAGGGUGACUGAAUGUGCUCCUCUCUCUCUCUCUCUCUCUCUCUGAUUUGAAGAGUCAGUGUCAGGAUCCUCCUCUCAAAUUAGGUCUAAUUUUCAGUAUCAACAGGCCUACAAACCGCUAAAGCGCAGCGGGCCUAAACUGUGUCGGACUCCUCGUCAUGUGCUGCUCAACUGUGCGUGUCCAAACACCGACCAGGCCUCUGACAGAAUGAAACAGAUCUGAGCAAACGCCAUGCCAAAUGAUGCACAUGUUUUUAGAAGUUCCAUAUUGUAAGGCUGUAAAUAAUCACGUUUGAACAAUAUGGGACGUUUGUUUUCUGGAGACAUCAUGAGCCGAGCUUUCUGUUCGCUUCUGUGUGUCUGCUUUCAGCUAAACCAGCGAACUGAACACAGUGGAAAUAUUUUAGACGAGCUGAUUUCAUGCUUCAUAAAAAAACUAAUGUGUUAUUUAUUUAUUUUUUUAAUGAUCUGUGACGUCAAGAAACAAGAAAUCCUCUCGUCUUCAGUGUCAAACAGUCGUUAAGUGAGACAGAAAAUUGAAUCAUUCAAAUCGGACUUUUGCCGAUGUCUGUAAUGCCGAUAUUUUCAAGCUGUGAGCACACACCUUUUGUUGUGAUUGUAAAGGAUGCACCAGGUACAGAAACAGAUAAAAAACACAACAAACAACAUUUGAUCCUGUUAAAGUGUGCUUGUUUAUAGAUAUAGACGCUCCUGUCUGUUUAGGAGACUUAAGCAUACUUCUGUACAGUCAUGCACAUUCAUGCUGGCACAUGUAAGCUGUCACUGCACGCUCAGAUUAAAUGCAUGACUUGUUUUUCCUGUCAACGAUUAAACUCACAAUAAUAACAGUCAGAAAAGCUCUGCUGAUACUAACACUAACGCUGAUGCUGCGAUGUUUCCCUACAUUCACACGUGAGGUCGGCAUUCCCUCAGCUGGAUAACCACUGAGACUGUUUCUGAGGAGCAGUCCUAGGUAGAGAGUCCUGACUCUGUAGUUUUCAGGAUGUUAGAUGGAGCUGCUUAUUUUCACAGUUAGUGUAAAGCUGUUUGGUUUAACAUAAAGUCUAGAACUAUAAAAUCACAUUUAUCUCUCCCUGUUUUUCCUCCAACUGGCCAACAAGCAGCAGCGCGGAGCCGCAGCCGUACCAACAUCGCCCAGGAGGGGGAGGCAGAGGCCAGCUCACAGGAGUCUCUGCAGGAGCUGCUGCCAGAGGAGGUGCUGGUGAUUUCACUGGGAACUGGACCUCAGACUGUCCCUGGGAUGAUGUCAGAGAAUGAGGUAAUGGGACUGGAAUUAAUGCUCUCAUUUACAGGAGAGAUGAUGAUGAUGAUGAUGAUGGUGUGAUAAAUUCAGCGUAUAUGUCCUCCUGUCACUGGAGGAGGCCGAGGCUCCUCAGAGUCUGUGUCAGGCCUCCUUCUCAGUCUGUUGGGUGUGCGUUCAGGACUCCUGGUAUCUUCAGACUGGACCCAGUAAAAAAUUCACUGUCUCCAACUCUGGCAGAAAGGAUUCUUGGCGAAAGCUCGUGUCCACUUCCUGUUUUUUUUUAGUAUGGACAACCUGUCUGUGUGUCUCUCUAGGUUUUGAACCUGCAGCUGACAGAUGGGGCCCAGGGAGAAGGCCACGCUGAUGAUACCAAGCUCCACGGUAAACCAGACAAAACCCUGCGCUUCUCCCUCUGCAGUGACAACCUGGAAGGAAUCUCAGAGGGUCAGUCUGCAGCCUGACGGCACAUGAAGCUAAAGACAAACAGUUCUGGUGUUUUUUUCAGUCUAUAUGAAAACCUAAAUAGACAUAAAAAAGUCUUUUCUUCAGGUGAAGCUUAGAAAUAAAAACAUCAGUAAUAUCAGAAGGUGAUUUCAUCAGUUUUGCAGCUCAAUCAUUUUUAUCUUAUGCAUUUUCAGGUCCCUCCAAUCGCUCCAACUCCGUGUCGUCUCUGGACCUGGAAGGAGAGUCUGUCUCUGAACUGGGAGCAGGACCAUCAGGGAGUAACGGGGUGGAGGCUCUGCAGCUCCUGGAGCACGAGCAAGGUGUGUGUUUGUGUCUGAUGAUUUUCAGGUGUUUGAGCUGAGGGCAGAGAAGAUUUCAGAUGAAAUAUAUUUAUCCAUACACCUGGUCUGUCUCCUGCAGCCACCACUCAGGAUAACCUGGAUGACAAACUGCGCAAGUUUGAGAUCAGAGACAUGAUGGGUCUGACGGAUGAUCGCGACAUCUCGGAGACGGUCAGUGAGACGUGGAGCACUGAUGUGCUUGGCAGCGACUUUGACCCCAACAUGGAUGAAGAUCGGCUGCAGGAGAUAGCAGGUGGGACAUGGCCGUGUUACCUGCACUCAUCAUUAAGCACACUGAUGGAUGCACACAGCCGGAGUGAUCAUUGCAAAGUUUAGGAGAUGAAUUAACCCCAUGGAGAGGCUCUGUCUGUGACUGCUGCUGAAGGGCUGUAAGGGAAAUGUCAUCACCUGGUGGUGUAAAGGGGAAACAGCAGGUUUACAGUUCAGCUCAGGUCCCUGAAGGAAACUUAAACACAAAACUCCUCUUACAGAUGUUCCUAUAAAAGUUUGAUGUUUCAGUGAGAGAAAACUCUGCACAUGCUCAGUUCGGUAUCUAACUGAGCUGAAAGCUGUUCGGUUUUUCCAAGACGGGUCAUUCAGAUAAAGUCGUAGCAGGUUAGUCGUUCUUUGGUUGAUGCACAAACCUUUGAGCUCCAUUUUUACCAGGUUUCACUUAAUGCUCAAUUUGACGAUGUUUCUCUCUCAGUAAUUUUGUUUUUAGUUAAACAAACAAAACCACUGAUUUAAAUCUGGAUGUGCAGAAAUUAUAACGUGAUUGUUUCAUGUGUAUUUAUUAUCUUUAUCUAAACAGAGCGAAUUAGUGAAGUGGACAAAGGAGACACUUCAUUUUCUGCAGGUCUCUGGAAGUAGUUUUGAAAAUGAAAAAAUGAAAAUGAAAACGUUCAGUUAGCAAACAGUGGAGGAGGCCAAGGUCAGCUGCUGCUUCACGCUGUAGAGCUUCAGGUUCUUCAGUCAGACAAAGGCUGUAAGAAUAUAACGGUCUCUCUCUUUCUCUGUGUUCCUCGAACCUCUGCCUCAGUCUGUUGUUGUCAGAGCCUUCCUCUGCCCAUCUCUCCAUCCUUCCUCCUCUCUCUCUCUCUCUCUUUCUCUCUCUGACAUUCACUCAGUCCCCGCAGUCUUAUUGACCUUGGUUCCUUCUCAUUUGCAUCCACCAUUUUUCAUUCUUCGGAAUAUGGCGUUGGGGGACUUUUCCAUCAUUAAGUGAAUUUACAGCGAUUUCCUUAUGUGUUUUCUCCAAGGGAUUGGGUUAUGAGAUGCACAUUAAAUAUCCAUUAAUACCUCAUUAUCCCACUGAUAAGAUUACCAUGAUAAUGAGGCAGAAAUUCUAAUUGUUUCACUUCUUGUUGUGCCACUCAUUUAAUCAUCCACCUGAAAGACAAGUACUCUGCGCCCCUACCUUGAAGACUGUAAACACGGACAGCGGGGUAGAGCUCUCCCACCGUCGCUGAGAGCCCUGCCCCCGCCAACAUCAGCACACACUGUUGCCUGGGCGCUGGCAUGCAUACACGCGGCGCUCAUGGCCUGUGUGUGCCAUGAAGUGGAAUCAUGACAUAUCAGGGGGCGAGGCUACCGCAGGCCCACUUCUGGUCUGGAGUCUUGGCCACCGGCUCCCGCUCACACCUGCUCGCUCGCUCGCUGUUUUCCCCCUCCUCCUCCGCAUUCUUCCGCCUUGUUAAGCCCCGGCUCCUCAAAUGGAGAUGGAGGGACGCGGUGCUGAGGACUUUGUGGGAGAGGAUGGGCGAGGUGGUAAUUUGGUUGUGAGUAAUGCUGGGCUUAAUCAACAGCUCAAAGUCACGGCCCUGGAGGCCAGGGCGGGGUGAGAUAUGACCAUUAAACUUUGACCUUUGGCGCUGUGGUAUAUGUGCCUGUGGGUCCCAGCGUGAAAUGUAUGUGACCUCCAACUCUCUGUGUGCAGAACUGAGCGGCUCUGAAGCCCUGACCACGCCGCACAGACAGACAGAGGGUUUUUCUAUCCUGGUGUUUUCUCUUCAAACAUUUCAAAUUAAAGCUCCAGUGAGGGAUUUUAGGUUGGUCUCAGUUUUGGACAAAGCAGUCUUUUUUUAUUUUGUCCUCUCCAUGCCCAUGUAGUGUCUUCAGGAAUAUAAAAAUCUCUGUUAAGUUCAGUCCUGAGUGAAAUAGGGUUAAAAAAUCUAACCGACUGUGAACCCAGAGCGCCUCGCCAAGUUUAGCUUUAAAAUCAUAAACACGGAUGCAGCUCCAACAUUUCAGGCUUUUAUGAAAGGCAUCAUUCCUGUGAGCGACUCCCAAGUUCACAAGAUGCUCAUAUUUAAGGCCUGAAUAAUUUAUAAGGAGUAAUUACAGAAUAUGAAUCAACAGCAGUGCCCUGAAAACACGCAGAUGUUUUCAGAGGAACAAAAGAGAGAGGCCUUCGACGUGACUUUCCAACCGUAGAGGUGAUUUCUACAUUAACUCUUCGUCUCCCCCUCUCUCUGCUCUCAGGGGCAGCUGCGGAGAACAUGCUCGGCAGCCUGCUGUGCCUUCCUGGCUCAGGUUCAGUACUCCUGGACCCCUACGGCUCCACCAUCUCAGAGACCACGAGCGAGGCCUGGAGCGUGGAGGUUCUUCCCAGUGACUCAGGUUGGUAACCGGGCUCGCUCAGACCCUCUUUGACUUCCUGUUUCACUCCUGAUUCUUGCACUUCGUCUCCUUGACAGUCUUAAGUGUUUGUGUGUGUGUGGAGAGGGGGUGGGGACACCAGGUGUGAUUGCACAGCUAUCUAUACCAAUAAACGUGCGCAUGCAUCUGUCUUCAUGUUGGUGUGCACUUGCAUGUAUUUCAGGGCAGAUCUGCUCCUGCCUGUAAAAGGCGGCUCAGGGUUUCCUCAGAGGGACCAGCAGGUGUGUUUGCACCUGUGGUGGAGGAGUGAGGAGGGAAGCACAAGGACAGCAGCUGUCCUCACUUCACACAGUUUCACUUAGUUUUUAUAAAACUGUAUAUUAUAGAGUUUAGACUGUGUAUUACUGAGGGCAUAAACACACUUACAUCCGUUUACAUAAGUGAAGCCUCUGAUAGACUUGACUGUCUCUCAGUGGUGAUAAAUACACAGAAUGGUCCUUUAUUAUAUUAAUGAGAUAUUACACACUCAGCCCAGUUUAUAAAAAAAAAAACCCGUUUUUUUUUUGUCUAAAAUCAUCAGAGUGUUUUUAUGAACAGCACUAAGUGUUUCUUUGAAAAGCCUGAACCUUCUGUUAAUUGAAGUCGUACACCACUUCAGUAUGUGCCGUGCAGAAAUGACAUGCAUGAGUGUCUUGAUUGCUUUUUGUUCCGUUUGCUGCCCCUGUUCUGCACGGUAAUAGCACGAUAGGAGACUCGCUCCGAGUGCAGCGCUUGUUUCAUGGCUAGGCAGCAGAAAACUACACUCUGAAGAGCACUUCACCAACACAUUAUUACUAACGAGCAUGCAAAUGAGUACUGCUGUUAGUAUGGAGCCUCUGGGUUCGGCCCAACAGCUCCGCUGGGUAGCCAAAGAAUUGGCCGUACUAGCUUUAUGGCGUGGUUUGGCAGUUAUAAGACAUGAUAAUGUAUGCUUUGUUUGAUUUCCUGCAUAUGUGCCCACUUGGUUGCCCAAUAAUCUUAACAUGGGAGGGGGGUCGGGGAGGGAGAAUGACCAUCAUUUGGAGCAAACGAACAAGUGAAGUGGAUUGUGAGCUGAGUUUAAACGCUGUUUCGUCCAAACUGGAGGUGAGGAAAGUUCACCUUCUCCUCUCAGAUGUCCUCUUCUCUUCUGACCUGUUCCUUCUUUGUACACAGAAGCCCCAGACCUGAAGCAGGAGGAGCGUCUGCAGGAGCUGGAGAGCUGCUCGGGGGUCGGCAGCACCUCAGAUGACACAGAGGUCAGAGAGGUCAGCUCCAGGCCCAGCACACCUGGUCUCAGUGUUGUUUCAGGUACUGUAGUCUCACCUCCUCCUCUGUCAGCUUUAUUUCGGUUUUCUAACAUUUGCAUUUUUUCAUUUCUGGUGAAGUUACCGUCCUGUUUCUCCCUCUCCUGGAUCGGCCGUAGAGAGGUCAUGUUGCCUCAGGUGUAGUUAGUCGAUGUUGAGGGGUCACUGUGAACUUUUCUGCAUGACACAGACUAUUGUUGGGUGUCUUUUCCACAGGCUCAGGUGGACGGGUUUUUUUUUGACACACUUUGUUGACACGCAUGAAGUAGUAUCCUAGAUUAAGAAGCCAGCGGUGAUGUUCCUGGCUCAGCUCACAGGAAAACGUCCCACGGGAUCCGGUCGAUGGAUAGUCUGCAUCUGAUGAUCACUCUUAUCUGUGUCUCUCCUCUAACCCAUGGGAGCUUACGCUACCAAUUUGGAGUUCCCAGUGGGUUCCCAUCGCAGAGAAAGUAUGCAGUAUUAGUCUAAAGAGAAAAAUGUCCUCUUUGUGUUUGAGAGACGGUGAAUCUGCAGCUCUUCUCUUCUCUUCUCUUCUCUUCUCUUCUCUUCUCUUCUCUUCUCUUCUCUUCUCUUCUCUUCUCUUCUCUUCUCUUCUCUUCUCUUUUCUCUGCCGAGCUCUUUCCAUCCCGAAUGUCACCACUGUGUUUUUGUUUGUCUGCCCUCACUGCAGGUAUCAGCGCGACCUCCGAAGACAUCCCCAACAAGAUCGAGGACCUGAGGUCAGAGUGCAGCUCCGACUUCGGGGGGAAGGACUCUGUGACCAGUCCAGAUGGGGAGGAGUCAGGCCACGGUAGGAGAGUGUCACGGUCCCCGCUAGGCGAGCAAAGCCAUCAGUCUAGCGUCUAUUUGUCCCAAACAUCAUCAGCCAGAGCGAUCAAUCCUCCUCGCUCCUGGAGCCGCUGAAAGGCUGACUCUCUGCUGAUGUUUUCAUGGCGUGAAACUGUUAAAUAAAGACGGAUUUAACCUUAACUGUUCUGGGGAAUUACGAUCGGAGUCGGGGUUAUUUUAGCGUUUUAGUGGAAUGAUUCAAAAUGUUGUGUUUUUGAGGAGCGGCGCUGCGGUUUGUGUUUUCACUGUUAAUUUAGUCAGUCCUCCUAAUAGUCUUGUAUGCUCUUGUGUUUCUGCAGGAGCGCACCAUCUGACAUCUCCACCCUCACAAGCCGAAUCUUUACUCGCCAUGUUCGAUCCCCUCUCCUCGGGUGAAGGUAAUUUGCACUACAGCCAAUCAGGGCCAGAAAUGAGCGCCAUUUAAUCCCUGCCCUAAUGUCGAGGGCUCGCAGAACAGCUUGAACUCUGAAAUAAACCCAAAGAGCGCCCGCGCUCCAAUCACUGGGCGUAUUACGAGCAGGAUGAAAUGUCAUUUCAGUGGGUUUAAUUAGUAUCUCCAAUUACUGGGAGCAGCUUUUGUUUGAGAGCGUUUCCUUUGUGGAGCAGGUGGAGGAAGUGUGAGCGAGGAAUGGUCGUGGCUGCGAGUCUGUGGCAAGGUGAAGGGAUGACAGGUUGAGAGACCUCACCCCAGGCUCUUUGGCACUGUCCCUUUGUCCCACUGUGCUCAUGGCACCAGGCUGCCGUUGGAAGCUUUUCAGGAGAGCGAGUGUACCCUUGGAACAGGUGGCCUACCUUUACCUAGGGCUCCUCUCCCACUAACAUCUCUCUUUAGCACUUUCUCUCAUUUUUAGGCUGAUUUUCAGUUUCUCAUUUUACUUCGUUUGCCAAAAUACUCUGUGAUACAGAUUUGAUUUACUUUUAGACUCUCAUCGGUUUGUUUAGGGAGAUUUCAACAUAAACAAAAAGAACAUUGUGAAGCUUUUGCAUCGAGACGGUCCGUAAAUAAUUUAAGAUCUGAGAGGGAGGGGAGAAAACUGCUCCCAGCAAGAACACAGGGAGUAUAAAUAUUUAUUUUCAUCUGAAAGUAAAAUUCCAGUGUUUUCUUUAACCUCAGGCUCUACCACUGGAACGAUAGUGAGGCCGAAAGUCCACUACGCCAGGCCCGCUCACCCUCCCCCUGACCCUCCCAUCCCUGAGGCCAGCGCCCUGGGGCCGGAGACGCGCCACUCUCUCUUCACGCCCCACUGCCUGGCCCAGGCUGAGCUGGAGCACACCAAGCAGCGCCACUCCUUCCCCGACAGGCUGGUCCGCAGCCGCAGCUCCGACAUCGUGUGCCCCGGCCGCCGGCCCACCAGCGACCCCGGCCUUAACCGGAGGGUAGCGGUGGAAGAGCGAGACCCCGCUGGAGCCUUCGCCUUAGGACCGUCCUCGUCUCCUAGCAAGGACUCUCUGAAAGGAGAGGUAACGUGAACUAAUGUUUGUGAAAAACAGACGUCACUGUGAGUGUCUGAUCUAUGUGCUUUAUCUCUAUCUGUUGAAGGUUGAGGACAGGAAAGACAGUGACGAUGAGAAGUCUGAUCGCAACAGGCCGUGGUGGAAGAAACGGUUCGUGUCAGCCAUUCCCAAAGGUAGGCGGACCCCGCGCUCGCCCUCUUUUCUUCCCUGAAAAACGAGCGUUUCUACGUUUUCAAAGAAGGAUCCGUUUGCCCUCAGCGCUCCCUUAUUUCCUUGUUGCAGAAAAAAAGUUCUCUUAAUCACAACUGACAGGAAAUAUCACACUUUAAAGAGCCGAGCAAAAAGCAAUUUAUAAUGUGAGAAAGAGAAUGAUGAUCCAUGUUGUCCACUCCACGGCUGACGCUCCGGUUGGAAAAUGAUGUUUCUUGUUGUUUCAAGUUCCACCAGAGACGUGUCCGGUCCUUUUUCCCCUCACGUCUCGCUGGCUGCAGAUUUAUCUAGACUUUUCAAAGCUAAUCAGUCAUCAGAGGAGCUUUAGCUUGGUAGAUUGUAUGGCUGUAGGCCUCCCAGCAGUGCUGUCAGCCACCGGCUAAUGGUCAUUAGAUAGACCUUUCUGUCAUCAGCACUGAUAGAUGACACAUCUCUUGUUGCAGUUCGACUCUCCGACCAUCUCUCAUACAUCUGUCUGCGAAAUAAUGAGCUGUGCCCACACACAAUGACUGCUUAUUACUCUUGGAGAUAAUGAUGUUUCUUAAGUAAACAUUACAUUGAUAUUCAUAAAGUCGACCACCGUGUGUUCACAUGGGAAAGCCCGAACCACCAAUCUCCUGCCGAGUCUCUGUAGAGUCCUCUUGUGUGUGUGUGUCUGUGUGUGUUUGUGUUUGUUCGUUGCUCUGCAUGGUGACACACAGUCAUGUCGGGCGGAGCUGCAGUCUGUGUGUGAAAGGCCAACCCUGUCUGUUGUGUCCCUCACAGUGCUGUAUUGGACGGCUGAGAGUGAUGUCCCAGGUAACGCUUGCAAGCUGUCCUCAUUGAGCUAGCUUACCGGCGGCGGCGGCUGCUGCGUGCUCGUGCUGCUUUUGUAGAUGUGUCCUUUGAGCUGUAGAGCCGCUGUCCCUCCACCCACACUCCUCCUCCUCCUCCUCAUACAUGCACCCAUUACACCACCCUUUUGCUUAUGUAUUUGCAACAGUAUGUGAGUGUUAAUGGAGAGUCCAGAUUAUGACUGUAGUUUUCUGUGUGUGUGUGUGUGUGUGUGUGUGCGUGUGUGUCGUCAGGCUGUAGACUGUGUCCUUCUUUUCUGUUCAGUUUAAAAUUAAAUAAGCACCACUGCGGGGCUGUCGCUAUGAACAAAAGACGACUUUCCGAAAACGCGCCGCAUUCGGUAACAUUGUGAGCUCGUAGUCGUGGUCGUUUAGUUUUCACGAGUCUGAAAAUGGAGGAAAGACGAAGACGUAGCAGCUGGUGAGUGACAGAGUAUCCACAGAAUAGUAAAAGAUAGUAAACCUAGUAAACUCUAGGAUUCCUGUAAUAAAAUUAUUAUUCCUUAUCGGGGAUCAAUAAAGUUCUUCUUCCUCUGGUGUAAAAAUUCUGAGCUAGCUUUAGCAUCCUUUAAAAACGACAUUAAAGAUUUAUCGUGAAUCAGAGACAACGUUAGAGUCUUUUCAGGUCACUGAUCAGUUCUAUAUUUAGACUUCCUGACUGUCCCUUAAAGGGAUAUUCCGGCGUAAAAUUCAUUUAGGGUCAAACGACCGCAGGAUAGCAAUACACAGCGGUCUGAGGAGCCAUAAACAAACCUCAACCAAAAUGCCACUCUAUAGCCACGUCAUAAAUGUUCUUCCUUGAGCUGCGUCACCCCGCUGUAGUCCAUAAUGGACCGGUCUGAGGUCUCGCUACAAACAAGCGUCUGCUGGAAGAGAGUAGGUGAGUUGUGUUUAGUCUCUUUGCUAAAGAAAUGAGUCAAAGUUGUUGAUGAAGUUAGGUGCUUUUCUGAGCAUUAUUUGUGGCUAUAGAGUGGCGUUUUGGUUGGGGGCGUGGCUAUCCCUUUAAGUGUUAUUAUUUAGUCCAGGAACUUCAAAAUAAAAGCACAGUUUUAUGUUGAAGUUCUUCGUUGUUAAAGCUCCUCUCUUUCCUCUGAACACUGACUGUGUUGUUUCGUCCUCACAGUUGUGUUUGUGUUGUUGUUGUGAUAGUUGUGAGGUUGUGACAGCCCUCCAGCAGCGUGUGCUUAUUUACAUCUGUUAUGAUUUUGUAAAGAGAUCAGAUAGACUCGUGCUCUGGGGUCUUUUCAAUCAUCUCCGUCUUCUUUUGCUCCUUUUUUAACCCGUUCAGUUCAACACGACACUUUUUGGCUCUGUAUGCAACACCACUCCAAACCAACUCUGAGAGUCACAGUCUCUCUGCAGCCGUGAAACAAACAAAAGUGGCUGUGAACGGGUGACUUUGAUCGCUGACAGUGACAGAGGUUUCAGUCCGUCUUUUGUCUCCUCCCCUCCAGCUCCGAUCGCAGCGUUCAGGAAACGAGAAAAGCAGGAGAAAGACGACGUCCCUCAGGAGCGUGUCCCUCCAGGUCUGUGUUCUGUCCUGAUCGACAUGUGGACGUCUACAGAGUGAGUUUUGGGUCUAAUGUUGUUUUGUGUCGUUGUUUUUUCAGACGACCCGAUGCCGAGACAGAACUUCCAGGCCCAGGCGGCUGAGGACAUCCUGGACAAAUACAGGAACAUCAAGAGGACCAGUCCGAGUGACGGAGCCACAGGUGGAGCUUCCUACGACGGUACAGGAGGUCAGGAGCAGAAAUCAACUCCUUCAUCUGACUGUUUCACAUCAUUAAAGUCCAUAAAUAGAUAUUUGAACCUUUGUUUUCAUGUGCUUUCAGAUCUUUGUGUAGAAGAAAGUGUCCACGACUCUCCCAGAGAAGACACUCUGCAGAACAUCUCCACAGACGACCUCCCAGACUCGGCCAGUCAGACGGCUCAGCAGCACGACUCCAAGUUCUCCUUCAGGUCAGAAACCUGAACCUGCAGCAGCAGGACUUUGUGCUUUCUCUCCAAACACUCAGACUCUGAUUCAGAGUUUUUUUUAUGUCUGUUUUUUUUUUAGUGAUGCGAAGAAGAAGUUGAGGUUGGCGUUGUGCUCUGCAGACUCGGUCGCUCUGCCCAUCAUAGCCUCUGCCACCACCAGAAACGGGCUGCCUGACCACAUGGAUCCUGAAGGUAUCUGCUCCUCUAAUCCAUGAUCUUAUUUUGUUUACAGUCGCUGAGAUAUUUACUCCAUGAAACUUCGAUUUUAGCGCCAGCGAGAAGAGCUGCGUUUAUACAUCUUUGAGGCAGGAUUCAAAGUCUGCGUUCAGGAGGAGAGGGUUUUAAUUUCAGGCUUUUGUUCAACUUUGCUCCGUCUACUUGACCUGAGGGAUCCUCCUCUCAGCUCUGGACUGGGAGCAGAGGACUUAACGCUGGCAAGAGUCCAACCUGCUGAAGGAAGACAACACAUCUGUGUCACCUUCACCUCCCCAGCUGCCUCCCAAGGUUUUGGGGCGAGGCUGAAAGAGUCGAGGAUGUUCAGAGGAAACUUUCAUGUGCUGGGGGUCCCUGACACCCCGACACCCACCGAGCCUGAGGUUGUUUUUAGGUUGUUUUCAACACGUUUGAGUUAAAAACAAGUGAGGAGAAAAAAACACUGAAACAGACGACACUGGUGGGUUUAGUUUCUGGGGCGGCAAACUAAGGCCCACAGACGGCGAGGACAUCAGAGACAGGAAGAGGAGAAAAAGGUUCAUCCAAAUUAAAGAUGGACGACAUAUUCGGUUCCUUCCCUCUUGUCCGGCCCGUGUAGUCGAACUUUCACUCACUUGACUCUGUAGUUUUCCUCUGAGCAGAUCAGCAGGACUUUAGUCGUCAGAGUCAGAGCUCAAACCGACUCGGUGUGGUCAUCAGGUUCCAGCUGAUCGUUAGCGAGGGGCGGGGCAGCUCUGUCUAACGCCGUCUUCCUCUUCUCUCUGUCAGACAACGAGAUCGUCUGCUUCCUGAAGGUCCAGCUCGCAGAAGCCAUCAACCUCCAGGAUAAGAGUCAGAUGGCUCAGAUCCAGGAGACCACGCGCUGCGUCAGCCGCUUCGACUCACGCACCUGCAGGAAGCUGCUGGCCGCCAUCGCAGAGGACUACAGGUAACGGCAGGAGAGCGCAGGUUUAUUUAGAGUCGUUCAGUUCGGAGGAGGUGGUUUCCGAGCCAAAGCUAGCAAAGAUAAGACCCUGUUUUUUUGGUCCCCUACAGGAAGCGGGCUCCAUACAUCGCUUAUCUGACCAGGUGUCGUCAGGGACUUCAGACCUCCCAGGCUCACCUGGAGAGGCUCCUCCAGAGGGUGCUCAGAGACAAGGAGGUGGCCAACCGCUACUUCACCACAGUCUGUGUUCGACUUCUGCUGGAGCACAUGGAGUCAAAGAUGCUGACCUUCAUUAAAGGUAUCUGAGUUUUCAGACGACUUUAACUCUGAUCUGUAAAAACACGGCGGUCUGUCUCCUAACACCAUGCAGAUUUAUGUCAUGAAGGUUUGUGGUCUAACCUGAAGGUGUGAUCAUCACAGGAAGCUCUCAGGUCCACAUGUUGGUUUAAGAUUUUUCCUCUUUGAUAGAAAAGACCAAAAAGUGUUUCCAGGUGUUUCAACAGCUUGUAAGACCUGAACCAGUCUCAGCUCAGAACAGCUCUGUAGCUCAAAGGUACUGAAUCUGAAUCUGUGGCCGCUCUGCUCCCCCCCCCCCUCCAGCCUUCCAGGGGUGCACGGCAGCAGAUGACAAGACGGCAUCAGUGGAGGAUUUUCUGCGCUACUUGUACGGUGCCAUGGCCCGUGAUGCCAUUUGGCAGUACGCGAGCGAGGACCAGCUGCAGGAUGCCCAGAUGGCCAUCGAGCGCAGCGUUAUGAACCGCAUCUUCAAACUGGCCUUCUACCCCAACCAGGAUGGAGAUAUUCUCCGAGACCAGUGAGUAUCUGGAACGGCACCAGAGAAACACACGGAGACGGUCUGAAGGUUUGAGGAGCCGUCAGUCAGAAAAGAGAGAGAAGCAUCUUUAUCCACGCUCUCGCUUUUCAAAGAUGGCUGCAGUUACAUUCAUGUUAGACACCUGUGAUUUAUUCUGUCAGAUUUAAAAGAAAUUAUUCAUUUAGAGAUCAAAGUUUGAGCCUCAGAUUUACCUGUUCUGUUGUUUUUUAAUUGUUUUUCUGCGUCCUGUUUCUUCGUACCGCCCCUUUUCCUCUCGUCUCUCCACGUCUUUGAUUCUUUUCUAUCUUCGCUCACAGUUCAGUUUGAUGCUGCCGUGUUUUUAGUCAAAUACAGAAACUGAAAUUUUGCACAAUUAGAACAUUUUUAACCCUGAAAAUAUCCUUCUCUAAAAUAAUGUUUCAUCGCUAAUGUCGUCUGCUGGUCUUCACUACUGAGCCGGGUAACCAGGUUUGUGCUUCUCGUCUAAACAGGGUCCCUGCAGGUCCUUGAAAAGACCAAAAAGCCUCUUUAUUCAGAUUUAUAGAGUUUAAAAUGUCUUUCAGAUGUGACUCUGACUGAUAAAUCUCUGGAUGCUUCAUUAGAUUUACACUCCGUGGAUUUUUCUAUCAUCUUAUUUUGUGGAUUUCUUGAACCCGGGACCAUUUCCUGCUUUCAGUUUGCCUUAUUGUCUGUUAUGACCUCUCUUAGCUUUUAUUUUGAAAGGGAACAUCAUCAUGGACUCCUCGUGGUUUCAGACGAGUUUCUUUAACUCCGGUUAAAGAAGAAUAAAGACGGGUUCAUUCUGAGGUUUCGUUAUAAACAGUCUGUAAGAGUCCGGCCUUCAGAUCAGCUCUGAGAAACUCAGAUAAACAGAAAUAACUGAUAAUAAUCGGAUCAAUACUUAAACUGAUAUCCGACCAGAACUCUGUGUGGUGUCUCAAACUCGUCGGUUCUGUCCUCACUGGUUCUGUCUUCACUCAGGCUCUUCUACGAACAUAUCCAGCGGCUGUCCAAAGUCGUGACAGCCAAUCAUAAAGCUCUUCAAGUCCCAGAGGUAUUUUUUUAUUCUAUCUUUGUUUAAUAAUUUAAUGUUUUUAUGUAAAAAUAAAUGAAAACAGACGUGUGGGUUCAGUUUGCAGCUGAGGUGUUUGACUCUGUGGUUGCAGGUCUACCUGAAGGAGGCCCCCUGGCCCUCCGCUCAGUCUGAGAUCAAGACCAUCAACGCCUACAAGACGCCCCGAGAUAAAGUCCAGUGUAUACUGCGCAUGUGCUCCACCAUCAUGAACCUCCUCAGUCUGGCCAAUGAAGACUCCGUCCCUGGAGCCGAUGACUUUGUCCCCGUGCUCGUCUUUGUCCUCAUCAGAGUGAGUCUCUUUGUCCUUCAUUUUAAACUUCAGUGUUUUUAUUCCUCAGAUUCUUGUUUUUCUAAUAAGAGUAAAAUAAUAAAGCAGAAUAAACCUGUUUUCUAACCUGUGUUCAUGUAUUUUACAUAUUUAUGAAUAUCAUCUCGACGCUGUUGCGUGAGCUUCUCUCGGCUGCUAAUGUGAGCCCAUCCCCACAUCUCCUCCCCUCCAGGCAAACCCGCCCUGCCUGCUGUCCACCGUUCAGUACAUCAAUAAUUUCUAUGCCAGCCGGCUGAGUGGGGAGGAGUGCUAUUGGUGGAUGCAGUUCACCGCGGCGCUGGAAUUCAUUAAGACCAUCGACGAUCGCAAGUGAAGCAGAACAGCCACCUGUAUGGGCAGACUGCGGGGGAAGGAGCCGGGAGACUGGGAGACUUCCCAACCAACUGCUCCCUCUGCACAGCUUCGGAAACCUGGCCCUCAGCCUGCUCUUUAUUUGUAUAGCUUGUACAUAGCCAGAGACGUUGAGAGAUUACGAAUAUAUAUUACUGUACGUACGCGGACAAAUCCAGGUUUUAGCCGUCUGAAAAAAACAAACAAGAAAAACAAAAACAAAAAACGGCCUUGUGGGAAAAAAAAUUGGCCAGAUGUAAACUUUGAAGCUGAUUUAGAUUUUUCUUCUUUUUGUCUCUUUAAUCCUGUUUCACUUUUGGGGUCUGUGUUAGGAACUGUGUAUAUAUACAUACAUAUAUAUGUAUAUACACACAGCUGUGGAUGUGACAUUAAAUCAACCCAAAAGAUAAUCCUAUAUAAAGGGACCAGACUUCCUCGAUGUGAUCACUGAUCUUUAUUCCCCCUGAGUGAGAGGGAAGGGCUUCCAAUUAAAUUACAGUAUAAUGUUCAUUAAAUUCAUUGAUACGUGGGGAUUUACAGCGCCGCGUGAUGGUUACUGAUGGGAUUUAGAGACUCGUAAACACUCAGAUCAAUUCACCAAACUGUAAUACUCAGAGGGUAAGUGUAUCAAACAGCCAGGCAGCUUCUUCUUCUUCUUUCAUGAAUUGUUUACUUCAUCGUAUUCCCGAACACCAGAGUGUGUGUCAGUGAGAAUUUGGACAUGAGGGCCCACAUAUUUAUAUGAAUCAAAUGUAUUUAUUUCUGUAAUUCUAUUUAAUGCUUCGUUGAUCUCCUAUGAAAAAAAAAAAACUAAAAACAAAACAAUGCAAAUGCAUAUCAUGCCCGUUUGAGAUGUCUGAAGCAGGUGGUGUAAUUGUGAUAAACUUGCUCAAGUUAGGACGGCACCUUAGUGAGGAGGAGCAGCCCAGGGGUGGGGUGGGGGGGCUGGGCGGUUAGGAAACAGGGUCGAGUCGUGAGCGGAGAGAGGGGCGGCGGCGUUUAUGGAAACUUUGAAACAGUGCCUUUGCUGUUGGGCGCUCUGUACAGGUAGUUCUUAUUUUUUAACCUUUUUUUUUUUAACCCUGCGUAGGCAUUAUCCCCCGCCCCACCCCCCACUUACAAACACUCCAACGGGCCAACCACACGUCGUCACCGCAUCACUGAUUGUCGAGGCUCAGUCCCUUUAAUGCACUUGAACAAAUCUCCCCGUCUGCUCGCUCGAUCCUACCUCAGAGUCGGAACCAAUGAGCUCGAUCUCUCUCGGUCUGUAAACACUGACGCGGGUCGACAGACAGCAGAGCCCUGGAUCACUUUUGCACUGGGAAAAAAAAAACAAACUCAAACCUGAAGAGGAGGGCAGAGAGAGUCGAUACAGAGCUGCUGUGAUGCCCGCUUCGGUCACAUCACCCUUAACUUAAGACACAUUAGUCGCUAAUCGGAUCCCUGAGAUGUGCAGAUGAUUGGACGUUAGCUCUCUACCUCCUCCUAAGUUAAAGAAAGGGACUUGUGUUUAUGUGCACUUAUAUUUCUUCUUCUUUUCCAAAUUGGCGUGCCGUGGUUUCCCAGUGUCAUUGUAACUUUCCAGUUCUAGUCCACGCAUGUCUUUAAUGAUCCAGAAGGACUCGGAGUCGUCGUCGUCGUCCUCUCCUUAAACCCUCUGCUUCGUUUUCACCUGUAUGAUAGUUUUCGUUAACCCAUUACGACCUGACAGCACAAACACAGUAGGAUAGAAGAGCAAAUAAUCAACACUAUUGACUUGUUACUGACUUUAUGCUACAGUGGUUGGUGUAGUACGUGUGUGUGUGUGAGUGUGUGUGUGUGGUUUUUAUCUAGUGAGCGUGUGUGUGUGUGUGUGUGUGAGAUGAGUGUGGGAUUGCUUGACCCUCUGCCUCCUCUUGCAUGAAGUCAUUGGAUGGUCUGUAGCCUCUCUAUCAUGAUAAACAGUAGAAUAGGAUUAGUAUCUGCCACAGGCCAGUAAUUGAACCUGCAAGAGGAUGCAAAGCUCCUCUCUGUGUCCGUGAUACUUGCAUAUCAGAACUCGAUUUAUUUUGCACAAAAACAGACGUGUGUUUUCCUGAACAGAUUGACAGGGAGCAGUGCAUUUUUUCGUCACACGACUUCGAGCCUUUGCAGCAGUAAACACACACACACACACACACAUAUACAUCGUGAUUAAGAUCAGAUCGGAGUAGCUAAGGUUUGCACUUGACUGUUACUCUUCAAAAAUGCAUUUUUUAUAUAUCCGUCAACCGUAGCACACGCACCACAUGUAUCCAUGCAUGUGCAGUGGACCUCCUUGCAGAGUCUGGGUAAUCAAUUUGAUGAGAAAACCAUGCACUGGAAAAUCAAGUUGCAGGUUGCAUCUAUACUAAUUAGGUUUAUGUGAUGUCACUUUAAUUGGAAAUACAUACUCCACAAAUCUGAUGAAAUUAUUUCGGACCUGGCUCUGAGCAGCUACAGACACACGCAGAUCAAAACGACACAUUAUUUAUACCCAACAACACACACAUGACAACGAUGAUGAUGAUGAUGAUGAUGACGGGGGAUUGCAACUGUAACUGAAGCUCUGAUUGUAUGCAACGUAAACAGACCAAGGAGCCGGUCUGUUCCUCAAAGCUUUACUGCUCUGCUCCCUGAUCAACCGAGUUAAAGAGGCAGAGCAGAGAAACCGAAAAAAAUAAGAGUUUUACAUCUUACAUUUAAUUUUACAUUUAACUGUAAGCUUGCACAAUUAUGACAUGCGGGGAAAAGCCGGUUUGUCUUUACUGUGAUUAAUGCAUUAUGUAAUUCUUUAAAAACAAUAAAAGAAGCAGAAAUUUUUCCCUUUUUUUAAGCUCUUCUUUUCUCACUCUGGAAACACGCUUUUGCAUUUCCGCUGCACUCCAGUGUUUCAUCACUCCUGGACAGUCGUAGGUAUAUGUGGCCGACAGUUUUCACACAAUAGGAGAGAGGAGAUGGUCGGGAAAUUUAUGCAUGGAAUAUAAUUGUUAGUGGGGGCAGUGGAGCAGCAUCAUCCAAUCUAGCAGCCACAAAUAGCAACCUCUCAGCAAACAUUUCAUUACUGCUGACAAGUGUACGCUGGAUUGUAAUUGGAGAUAUCCCCCUCAUCUAAAAGCCCUCCUUACUUCACCGCGUGCCUUCUCUAAUACUCAUCUUUUUUUCAUCAUAAACUUCUUCGUGGGGUGCUUUGUGUCCCCUGAUGAUAUCUCGCGAGUGUUAAUUUAAAUUCAAAUUUUGGUGUGUGAAGUUAAUUAGUUGCAUAAGCCAAUGGCUAGAUAGGCCAGAUUUGGAGAUUGGAUCUUUUGACUGUGUGGCACUUGGCUGAUCUGAGAUAGGGGGAGGCUUGGAUUUGUUGUGUUUUCUGCUGCUCCUCACUCACACUGUAGUGUUGGUGAUGUUACACACAGUCAGUGGAGUAAUGUCUGCGUUCUCCUCUCAGGUAUGAGUCUGUGUCACAGGUGAUGGCAGGAGGAUGGAGAGGUGGGGGGGUAUUUGACUCACUUGAGGUUCAUUUUGAUGUCAGACAUAAGCAGGCCUGAGGUCUCACACAGAUGGCUGCAGGAUGACAGAUGAUCAGUCCAGCGGGGCUCGUGCAUGACUUCUCAGGGUGGUCUCCUACUUCCUGGUUGCAGGAGAAGAAGGAGAAGCUCCUCACAGAUAAUUAUGAUGCUUUAAUUUCAGUCCAAACACGAGGGAUUCUGCAGCAGACGAAAUACUCAUUCAGACAAGGAUGAGUAAAGGUAGGUGUAACAGUAAUAUCAGUUUCUAUGUAUUUAAAGCAGAUUCUCCACAUAGGGGAGACCGGGGAUUGUUGUAACCGCACCAUUCCAACCAAUCAUAGUUAACAGGAGUCUUUUUUUACAUCUCAGUGUUUGUUCACUUAAUCUCUAAUCCCACAUGGUGAAUUUUGAGGCUGUAAACAGCAGCAGCAUGUGUCUGAGUUUACUGUAGGGGAGAGUGGGGUAAGAUGGUCCAUGUUUCAUAUUUCAGAUCUCUACAUCAAGUCAGUCCUAGUUUAGUCUCUGACUCGUGUAUCUGCAGAUAUUUCAGGAUGUUGUUCAUCCCUGCAAACCAACAGAAUGAGUGUAAACAGAACUGUCAUCUUCAGAAUAUAGCAGGACAAAAAUGUGGUCUCCUAUGGUCAACUUCUCCUAUCGUCCUAAAUUCACUUUACAGGGUGAAAAAUGUUUGGUUUUUUUUUUGUAAAUAAAUGUCUAACCUCUUCUUCAUCCAUGUGCUUCUAACCUUCAGACUCCAUGAAUUGAUGACCAUCUCCUAAAUAUUUGGUCACAUGAUCAAUUUCUUUGACCAUUUCCAGGCAACAGGGGGUGGAUCAACUUACCCCAGUCUCCCCUAUUCAUGUAAAUUCUGAAGUUUAUGCACAAAAACACUUUCUCCCAGUACUUACACAGAGACAGAGCAGCAUCUCUCUGAAUUCACCUUUAUUAUCUAUAAACCUCUCUAAUGCUGUUGUGUGUCUGUUUUUGUAUGUUUGUGUUCUUUGUUCAUCCUCACCCCAGCACGUGUGUUUCCUCCUCCCCUGUAUGGGAGUAAACUGGAACAAAGGAGGUCUGAACUGGUUUCUUUUGUCUUGAACAAAUGUUGGUAUUUUGUCUAAAAUGUAAAAAACUUAAACUCGUAAAUUCACUGAGUUACAGGAAGUGUUACAGCCGUCCCCGGUUUCCCCUAAAUCCUGCAGGUUUCCCAGCAGCAGCAGUAUCGUCUCCUCCUCUCUGGUUCUCCUCCUCUCCUCCUGUCUCCGUCUCUCUCUCUCUCUCUCUCUCUCUCGUCUCUCCCUCGGUGUCCUGCAGAUGGCAGACGAACCAUUUCUCUGGACGAUGAUCUGAGAUGAUCUGAGAGACAAAGAAGACCGCGGGGCUCGACGGCCUGACAUUUAAGAGCAGAGAGACUCUGUCUGGACCCGGAUCCGUUUUCUCUGAGGUGGGUAGUCCUCAAAAAUACAUCUGUUAUUGUUAAUGUUAGUUAUUAUAAUUGUCUGCAGUCGGACAUUAUUUCACAGGAGGCCAUUAAACAGGCCGGGAGCGAACCUAACAUUCAAGAUAUGAGAGGAAAUAUAAAUAUAUAUAUUUAAGAGCAGAAACAUGAAAAUAGGUUGUUUAUUUAUUUAUUUGUUUGUUUGUUUGUUUAUUUGUUUGUUUAUCUUUCACAGAGUGGUUGUUGGUCUUCCUGGGGUCCAAAAACUUCAAAUCAAAAUACAGUUACAUUUCAACAAUUAAUUAAUAAUAAAUAUAAUUACAGAUUUAAUUAAUGAUUCUUCACAACAUUAAAGUCACUCUGCUUUUAUAGUUCAUUCAUUCAUACAGUUUAGUUUUAAAGUCCUUUUAUAAUAAUAUCUGCUGUUUAUUUGCUGUCUGCUCCUAUAACACUGAUCUCCUCAUACACUUACAGAUAAUUAAAUGACCAGAGCGAACC